AUUUAAAAUGGGAGAAACUUUCCAAAGGCUUUAAAUUCUAUUUAAUUGCGUGUAUCGUCUUGACAAUUGCGACGGUAUUUUCGUUUGAAAUCGGUAACGAAUUUGAACACCUUAAAAGUAAGAUAUUCUUUGUUUGUCGGAUGGUACUCCGUGUCAUAUUAAACCUCGAUUAUAUUUUUGUUUUGCUGUACAUGAAACGUACAACACAAUAUUUGGCGCAGAUUGAGUAUGGCGUUACUACGGAUGUUGCAUCUGCGAUAUGGAAAUAUAACAAUUUGCACAUGACAUUAAUGGAAGACGUCGAGUGCUUUAGGAAAAUAAUCACUUUUAUGAUCUAUGUGGUUUUAGUGAGGAUAUGGUCCUCUGUAUAUAGUGUGAUUUAUUAUUGGAUGACGAACGAGGACACAACCAUAAUUUCUGUAUUCCUAGCGACUGUUGUAUGGCAUGAUAUCUUCAAAUUUGUUGUAGGUUUAAACUGCUGCGAAGAGGCCUUUGAACAGGAAAAUCGCAUCAAGAUUAAAAUCUACGAAAUACUUCACACAGAGUGCAGUCAAGAAGUGCGAGAACAGCUUAAAAUGUUAUCCGUUCACAUACUACUAACGAAUAUACAAUUUCCGGGACAUGGAUUCAAACUCACGAUGGCUUUACUGUACAAGGGCCUAGGUAUCAUAAUGAUAUAUUUAAUUAUCUUAAUGCAGUUUAAAUCCUAAUCUAACUAAG